GAAGCUGCGAGUUUGGAGGAGCUGAGGAGCCGGGAGCAUGAGGACCUGGUGUCUGUGUCAGAUUUGUACUUGCGGGGGCGCAAACUCCAGUGCCAUCCAGCGUGGGGAUUUAUAUGCCUGUGCAGCAGCGGAGGUCAAGCUGUUCCUUUCCCAUCCAGCUGUCAGGAAUUUUCAGUCUUCAUGAUGUUGGAGGCUCCCUUUUCUUCAGGCAGUUAAAUGAUCCAGAGAACUGAGGCAUUGCCAAAGCAAGAGGAAUCUUCUCUGAGCUUUAAACAUUGGCGACAUCAUUGCCCACAUGGAACCACAAGGAUUUAUGAAAAUUCUGGCGAGUCUUGUGCCACAACUGAAUAUUUGGAAAAAUAUCCUUCAUACGGCAGUGUUCUUCCACCUCAGAGUCUGAAGCCCAAGGAAGAAUUUCGAGCAUAUCGUGGCAAGAUGGAAGGAAUAACAACAUUUAAGUCAGAUUAUCGUCCUUAUGAAAUAGACAAACAGCCUCGCCAUGCACCAGAAGAAUAUAAACCAAAACAGGGGGUGAUUGAUCUUGGCACCACCUACAAACGGGAUUUUAAUUCUUACAAAGUGCAGCCUGUGGUGAUAAUUCGGCCUCUGGAGAGACAACAAGUUAAAAAAGGAAAGCUGGACACUGUCCCAACCUAUAAAGAUGAUUAUAGAGCUUGGGAUAUUCAGAAAAGUGAACUCUACAAGCCACAACAAACUUACUAUCCCCCUACUGUGAGAUUUGGAAAUUCAACAACAUUUCAGGAUGACUAUGUCCCUCGGGAGAUAAAGCCUAGACAAAGCUGUAAACCCAGUCCAGCAGUCGAACGCUCUACCACCCCCUUUAGCGGUAACACAAGUCAUCGCCUUGAUUAUGUGCCUCAUCGACCAGAAUUCAAGUUGGCAAGGCCAAAAGACAGCUACAAGCCACCCGACCAACCCUUGGAGGACCUCACAACUCACCGAUGCGACUUUCAGGGUCUCGUUGGUCAAACGGCAAAGAUCUGCAGACCUGCACAUACCAGAGUGGCCCAGGACGCUCCAUUUGAAGGAAGCACCGAGUUCCGGGACAGCUUUCAAGCGUGGGCACUCCCAGCACCGCAAGUACAGAAAGCGCCAGAGUAUGUCCCUCCCGCAGGCACCAUGCAGCUGCUGAGCACCAGCCACCUCGACUAUGUCCCGCAUCAGGCCACGCGUGUGCUUCCCAUCAGGCCUGCUUCUCGUAGGAGAAAUCGUAACUUUCCUUUCCAAGGAAAGAGCACCACGAAGCAAGAUUUCCCAGCAUGGGAAAGCUGCCGUCAGGGACUCAUUAAGCAGGAGCCGCAGAUCCCCAGCCCAUCUGGAAAAUUCGAUGGCCUGAGCACUUUCAGGUCUCACUACGUGCCCCAUGAACUAAUUCCCACCGAGAGCUGCAAACCUGCGGACGCUCCCUUGAAGAGGUCGCUUCCGUUUGACGACAUCACCACGUACUCUCUGGAGUAUAUGCCCAAGAAACUGGAGACCUGCCCGGCUAGCUACCCUUCCCCUCCUGGCUACCUGUUUGAAACUACAAAUUCUCAAGGUCAUAAAUUCUUCCGCAAGAUCGCUCCCGCGGUGAAGGCCUUCUAAUUCUCAAAUCAUGUUUAAAAGGAAGCGGACUCACAUCAUGUUGGGUUCUCAAGGA